UUGCUGAAUCCAUCCUGGUUGUCCAAGAUGACCACUGGAAGAGAAUCCGAAGUGUCCUUUCACCAACUUUCACCAGCGGGAGACUGAAAGAGAUGUGUCCAAUCAUCAGUCAUUAUGCAGAAAAUCUUAUGAAGGAUGCAAAAAGAAAAGCAAAACUGAAUGAAUCUGCUGACAUGAAAGACUUCUUUGGCACAUACAGCAUGGAUGUGAUUACCAGCACUGCAUUCAGUGUGGAUGUCGACUCGAUCAACAAUCCCAAUGACCCAUUUAUCAAAAAUAUCAAAGAAAUAAUAAAAAUCAACCUCUUUGACCUUAGCCUUAUCUUUUCUGUUAUCUUUCCUUCUGUUAUUCCAAUUCUGGAAACAAUGGGUGUCAGCACCUUCCCAAGAGAUGCAAGUGAUUUUUUCAUGAAAAUCGUGAUGGAUUUGAAGGCAAAGAGACAAAAAGGAGUGCACACUGAUCGGGUGGAUUUUCUGCAGCUGAUGGUUGAUUCUCAGGUGACUGAGAAGCAGAACGCUGACAGCAAGUCAACAGACAAAGUUCUGACUGACACAGAGAUUUUGGCACAGGCUUUGACCUUCAUCUUUGCUGGGUAUGAAACCAGUGGUAAUACAUUGGCGUUUGCUGCAUAUAAUCUGGCGAUGCACCCGGAUGUGCAGAAGAAACUGCAACAGGAAAUAGAUGAGACUUUCCCAAACAAGGCUCCUCCCACAUAUGAUGGAGUGAUGCAGUUGGAAUAUAUGGAAAUGGUGAUAUCGGAAACCCUACGAAUGUUCCCCCCUGUCCCCCGCAUUGACAGAGUGUGCAAGAAAGAUGUACAGCUUAAUGGGGUAACCAUUCCAAAGGGGACUAUCGUCAUGGUUCCUGCCUACGUGCUGCACCGUGAUCCAGAAUACUGGCCAGAGCCUGAAGAGUUUAGACCUGAAAGGUUCAGUGAAGAGAAUAAGGAGUCUCAGGAUCCUUACACCUUCCUACCAUUUGGAGUCGGCCCUCGGAACUGCAUUGGGAUGCGAUUUGCUCAACUGGCAAUGAAGAUGGCACUCACUUCUGUCUUACAACACAUGACCAUUGUGACUUGUAAAGAGACACUGAUUCCAUUAGAACUAGAUGUGACUGGAGUUAUGCAGCCUAAAAAGCCGAUAAUCCUGAAAUUUGUGCCACGGGUAAAUGCUGAUUCAAAGGAAUAAAUUAUCUGCGCGAUGAUGGUGUCACUUUGAAA